CGUCGAGAAUUAGUUGGGAGCUUAAAGAAUUAUAUUAGUCGAAAUUAUGUUGGGCAACCCAUUCCUUCCCAUAUUCAUGGCGUAGUAUCCAAAAUCCAACAAAACAAAGCUUCUUGUGUCGGUCGUCAAUCUCAAUCUCAGUCUCAAUCUCAAUGGUGAUAUUUUUCUAUAUAUAUUUCAAUGAUUUUCGUGGGUUGUCAGGUUUUACCAUUGAUUUUUCCUCCAAGAUUUAAUACAAUCCCCACUUCCUCGUCCUUUCUUGUCAAUUUUUCCUCAAUUCUUUCCUCCUAGUUUCCCCCUCAUUUUUUAGGGUUUCUCCUCACCCCGCUUUUGAUCUGUGAGAGAUCGUUCGUAAAUCUCCCAAUUAACUGAUGAAUCCAAAUCGAACCGUUUGAUUCGACUCAGAUUUAGCUUGAACUCUGCUAAAUUUCUCCAAUUUGAAAAACCCCCCGCGCUGAUGGCUUUGAUACGGUUGGAGGCGCCGAAGCAAUACUACGCCACCAGCAGCUUGGUGAUCGGCUAUGCUCUCUGCUCCAGCCUGCUUGCUGUGAUCAACAAAUUCGCGAUUACCAAAUUUAAUUACCCUGGUUUGCUCACUGCUCUUCAGUAUUUAACUUCAGCUGCAGGUGUUUGGAUUCUGGGUAAAUUUGGGUUCUUGCACCACGAUCCCUUCAAUUUAGAUACAGCCAAGAAGUUCCUGCCUGCAGCAUUGGUUUUUUAUCUGGCUAUUUUCACCAAUACGAAUCUCCUUCGUCACGCCAAUGUUGAUACCUUUAUUGUUUUCAGAUCUUUGACUCCACUUCUUGUGGCGGUUGCCGACACAGCGUUUAGGAAACAGCCUUGCCCUUCUAAACUGACUUUCCUUUCACUGGUGAUCAUUUUGGGGGGCGCUGUUGGGUAUGUGGCUACCGAUAAUGGGUUUACCCUGACUGCUUAUUCUUGGGCUUUCGCCUAUUUGGUGACUAUCACCACAGAGAUGGUUUACAUCAAGCACAUUGUGACUAAUCUUGGGUUGAACACUUGGGGAUUUGUGUUGUACAAUAAUCUUUUGUCGUUGAUGGUGGCGCCCGUCUUUUGGGUUUUGACAGGGGAGUAUGCUGAUGUGUUUGCAGCUCUGGGAUCCUCGAGCGGAGCGGAUUUGCUUGAACCCGUUGCGUUUUCUGCAGUGUCUCUGUCUUGUGUGUUUGGGUUGCUCAUUAGCUUUUUUGGCUUUGCAGCUAGAAAAGCGAUAUCUGCGACUGCAUUUACAGUUACAGGGGUUGUGAACAAGUUUUUGACUGUUGCUAUCAAUGUGUUGAUUUGGGAUAAGCAUGCCACUCCUUUUGGCUUAGUGUGUUUGCUUCUGACUAUUGUUGGAGGGGUUUUCUAUCAGCAGUCUGUCACCGGAGGAGUUGGGGCUGCUCCUAACCAGCGGGAGUCCAAGCAAACAGACAGUACGAACGAUAUCAAAACCGGUAUGGACGAAGAAGAGGGAAUUUCUGGUAAACUUUCUGGAGUAUGAGUGUUCAAUUUGUCAUUAGCUGCUGCAGGAGGGCACUACUUAUUUGAUGUGUUUUGUUAUUCACCCAAGAAUUUCUUAGAAUUUUAUAUAUGCAGAAUGUUUUUCAUACCAAUCAUUCACUAUCUAAGCUCGGCCAUGUUUUAACUAGUUAUGGAUGAGAUUCUUUUUCCAUAUGAAUUGAUGGUGGGAAUCAGUAGAACUUAUUUCA